CUCCGCGACGCCAAAGAUGCUCAUGUGAUAUUCGAAGCCGUUCGACGCAACAUGCUUCCAUUGAUCACAAGACGGCUCACGGCUACUGAACGUGAACAGUUGGACUCCGGCAACGUGUUCGUAUGGGAGGAGGCGGAGCACAAGCAAGGUGGUUUGGAGCGAUGGACUGAUGGUAGAAGAUGGUCUCAGAGCAGAAUGCGAGGAGACUACUUGUUCUACGAAGAGAAGAUAGAGACUACGCCGGAAGAGAAGGCGGCAAAAGCAGCUAGACGAGCACGCAGGACUCUAGAUCCACUGAGCUACCAACCUGCUCCCACCCGUCAAGACCGGCCAUCGAAACCCGAUGGCCUCACGAAGCAGACAUAUUCUACCCAUGUCUACACGAGCCAAUCCGAGCCCAGGAAAUGGCAUAUCGUAGCCUACUUUUCGGGCGAUGAUUACACACAUCUACCCGUCAUCGACGACUACGACUUCUUGCGCAGUCUUCGCGUCCCCGAGGGCGUCUUUACCUCUCCGCGAGGCAAUCCGACAAGGGUUGUACGCGCAGACAGUGGUCACGAGCAGGCUCGUGGUGACUUGGAGCCAGAGUCGUCUUCCUCGUCUUCCUCCUCGUCAACCAGUGUCGUGACCAACUCAACUGGCUCAACAACAUCUCGGCACAGCUCAAGUGGUGCGCUUUCCUUGCCUCGCCUGUCGAACGUCGUGCCCAUUCAAUAUCUGGGGCCAUCUUUAUCAUCUCACGGCUCCUCCCACUCCCCCAUCAGUCCCAAUAGCUCUAGCUACGUUGGACUGACUUCCGAAGAUCGUCGAGCACUCAAUAGUUUCCGAGUCGUACUAUGA